GGUGUCAUGGCGGCCUGCAGACAGUACGGCUCGUGCCUGCGGCUCCGGCCGCUGUACGAAGGUUCCCUCCGUCUGUCCGGGCGCAAUCGUGCACUCACCUACUUGCAGGCGCGGGCACUAUGGAGCAGCGCGGGGUCCAGAACUGUGGCUGUGGACUUGGGCCCCAGAAAAUUAGAAAUAUCCACUGGAAAACUGGCAAGAUUUGCAGAUGGCUGUGCUGUGGUACAGUCAGGUGACACUGCAGUGAUGGUCACAGCGGUCAGUAAGACAAAACCUUCACCUUCCCAGUUCAUGCCUUUGGUGGUUGACUACAGACAGAAGGCCGCUGCAGCAGGUAGAAUUCCCACAAACUACCUUAGAAGAGAAAUUGCUUCCUCUGAGAAAGAAAUUCUUACAAGUCGAAUAAUAGAUCGUUCAAUUCGACCUCUCUUUCUACCUGGCUACUUUUAUGAUACUCAGGUUCUUUGUAAUCUGUUAGCAGUAGAUGGUAUUAAUGAACCUGAUGUCCUAGCAAUCAAUGGUGCUUCUGCAGCCCUCUCAUUAUCAGAUAUUCCUUGGAAUGGACCUGUUGGGGCAGUGCGAAUAGGAAUGAUAGAUGGAGAAUGUGUCGUUAACCCAACAAGAAAAGAAAUGUCUUCUAGUUCUUUAAAUUUAGUGGUUGCAGGAGCACCUAAAAGCCAGAUUGUCAUGUUGGAAGCCUCUGCAGAAAAUGUUCUACAGCAGGACUUUUGCCAUGCUAUCAAAGUGGGAGUGAAGCAUACCCAACAGAUAAUUCAGGGCAUCCAGCAAUUGGCAAAAGAAAUUGGUGUUACCAAGAGGACACCUCAGAAGAUAUUUACCCCUUCACCAGAGAUUGUGAAACAUGCUCAUAAAAUCGCCAUGGAGAAACUCUAUGCAGUUUUUACAGAACAUGAACAUGAUAAAAUUUCCAGAGACGAAGCUGUUAACAAAAUAAGGUUAGACACAGAGGAACAACUAAAAGAAAAAUUUUCAGAGGCUGAACCAUUUGAAAUAAUAGAAUCCUUCAAUGUUGUUGCAAAGGAAGUUUUUAGAAGUAUUAUUUUGAAUGAAUACAAAAGAUGUGAUGGACGAGAUAUGACUUCACUUAGGAAUAUAAGUUGUGAAAUAGAUAUGUUUAAAACUCUUCAUGGAUCAGCAUUAUUUCAAAGAGGACAAACACAGGUGCUCUGUACUGUUACAUUUGACUCGUUAGAAUCUAGUAUUAAGUCAGAUCAGAUUAUAACAGCUAUAAGUGGGAUAAAAGAUAAAAAUUUUAUGCUGCACUAUGAGUUUCCUCCUUAUGCAACUAAUGAAAUUGGCAAAGUCACUGGUGUAAAUAGAAGAGAACUUGGGCAUGGUGCUCUUGCUGAAAAAGCUUUAUAUCCUGUUAUUCCCAAAGAUUUUCCUUUCACCAUAAGAGUUACAUCUGAAGUCCUAGAAUCAAAUGGAUCAUCUUCUAUGGCAUCUGCAUGUGGUGGUAGUUUGGCACUAAUGGAUGCAGGAGUCCCAGUUUCAUCUGCUGUUGCAGGUGUAGCAAUAGGAUUGGUUACCAAAAACAAUCCAGAAAAAGGUGAAAUAGAAGAUUAUCGUUUGCUGACAGACAUUCUGGGAAUUGAAGAUUACAAUGGUGACAUGGAUUUCAAAAUUGCCGGUACAAAUAAGGGAAUCACUGCAUUACAGGCUGAUAUCAAGUUACCUGGAAUACCAGUCAAAAUUGUAAUGGAGGCCAUUCAACAAGCAUCAGUGGCCAAGAAGGAGAUAUUACAGAUAAUGAACAAAACUAUUUCAAAACCUCGAGCGUCAAGAAAAGAAAAUGGACCUGUUGUGGAAACUGUUCAGGUUCCAUUAUCAAAACGAGCAAGGUUUGUUGGACCAGGUGGAUAUCACUUAAAAAAACUUCAGGCAGAAACUGGUGUAACUAUUAGUCAGGUGGAUGAAGAAACGUUUUCUAUAUUUGCACCAACGCCUAGUGCAAUACAUGAAGCCAGAGACUUCAUUACUGAAAUAUGCAAAGAUGAUCAAGAACAGCAAUUAGAAUUUGGAGCAGUUUAUACAGCUACAAUAACUGAAAUCAGAGACACUGGGGUUAUGGUGAAAUUAUAUCCAAAUAUGACUGCAGUACUGCUACAUAAUACACAGCUUGAUCAACGAAAGGUUAAACAUCCUACUGCUCUAGGAUUGGAAGUUGGCCAAGAAAUUCAGGUGAAAUACUUUGGGCGUGAUCCAGCUGAUGGAAGAAUGAGGCUUUCUCGUAAAGUGCUUCAGUCUCCAGCUACAGCUGCUGUCAAAACACUAAAUGACAGAAGCAGUAUUGUAAUGGGAGAACCUGUUUCGCAGUCAUCUUCUAAUUCUUCUCCAUGACUCCAGUCUUGAAGGGUAUUCAAGAGUGAUAUUGUAUAUGCAAAAUUUUAGUACCCUCUAAUGUGCAGAAUAAUGUCUUUAUAUAUAGUAUAAGUAUAUUCUAAAUAUUUGUAUCAAAA